AUUUUACUUGUUUCGUUUAAAAUGUCAAAUUUAGCAUGGCCACUCUCUGGAACGACCCCGUCCUUCUGCUCUUUGUAAUCCUAUUCAUACUGGUUGUGGAUAAUCUCUGGUCAACUUAUCUGCUGCUGCGCGAGAUCAUUUUGGUUUAUCAGGUGGAGCAAGUGCCGGAUGUGCUGCGUCCAUAUCUGGCACAGGAUCUAUUUAAUAGGAUGCGCGACUAUAAGUUGCACAAGAGCUGGUUCCUGCUGAUCAAUACGUUCGGGGUGGUGGUCAUCUGUGGCUGUUUGGAAUUAUAUUUUGGCUUCUUUCCGUUCGUCUGGAAUCUGGCUGGCCACUGUGCCAUCUGGCAGUGGAUGGAGCACGAGAUCUGUCUCUCCAUCAUCUUUGUCAUCCUGCUCAGCAUUUAUGUAACGCUCAAAUCUCUGCCGGGUCACAUCUACGAGAAGUGCUGCAUCCCCAGUUUGGUUAACCACCCAAAGCAGAGUUUAUUGCGUCGCAUUCUCAGCGAGAUUCUUGAUACUGUAUUAUCGCUGCUGCUGAUGGUGGUCAUAGUUACGGUUGUGGUGGCGCUGGUCACCUAUCUUGGCCAAUACUUCUUUCUGGGAUUGUACCUAACCGCUCUUUUGCUGACUAGUUUAGCUAUUGUGCUCUUGCCCUUUGUCAUCGAUCCCAUUAUUGGCAAACGUGUGCCGAUCGAGAAUCCCACAUUGCUGGCCAGUCUGGAAGAGCUGACGCUCCGAACUGACUUCCCAAUGCGACAGGUGCACAUUAUACGUGUUCGCGAUCCAAACAUGGGAAGCAAUGCCUUUUUCUAUGGCGCCUGCUGUUUAAAACGGAUUGUGAUCUUUGAUACGUUGCUCUUGAACCGGGGAUUGCAUGAUGCCGCCCAGCUGGCGGAGCAGAAGGUUGACCUGGGCAAGGGUCUGCGCGAUGCACAGGUGGUGGCAGUGGUUGCCCACGAACUGGGCCACUGGAAGCAUGGACAUUUCUACAAGGCAAUGGGCAUGUUCCAGAUAAAUAUGUUCCUAACGCUUUUCCUCUUCUCCCUAUGCUUUCCCCAUGGUCCGAUAUAUCAGGCCAUUGGUUUUGAGAUGGGCGUGCAGCCAAUUGUUGUGGGAUUCAUUAUCAUCUUUGGAUAUGUGUUGACGCCAUAUUUUGCCAUCUCCAAUGUGAUUAUGUUGAGCGUGACGCGGCAAUUUGAAUAUCAGGCGGAUAAGUUUGCUUUUCAGCUGGGCUAUGCUCACAAUUUGAGAAUAGCUCUGCUCAAGCUAUAUGCGGAUAAUCUAUCGUUUCCCAUAUCGGACGAAUGCUAUUCCAGUUGGCAUCAUACGCAUCCGACAGUACUGCAUCGCUUGGCGCGAUUGGAGAAGCUUGACGAGCUCAAUUCGUAAUCAGAGU